AUGAACAAACCCGAACGAAUUGAAUUCGUUGAUUGGCCUGAUGAGACUCGUAUAGCAAGACAAGCUAAGAAGUACCAGUCAUUUAUAUUUGUACAAAGUUUGUUCUACAAUGCAGGUAUCGUUGUGAGCUUGUGGUACGUGAUAGCAGCGCUCGCUUUACAACCUCUGUUACAGUCGCAAAGCGACCAGAGGCUUCAGUUGAAUGCUGAUUGUUUGCUGCGAAUCCGGGGACUGAUAAAUGGUCUGGAGUCGAGAUUGAAAACGACUUCAGUGAGCGCUUUGGGUUACAACGAAAGGGCCAACUCCAUCACUGGUAAAUCAUCUACUGACAGAUGUACGCAAACGGAAGAAACAACGUCUGGUAAUUCACUUGGCGAUAACUCACCUGGCUGGUCCAGAGUCACUGCGAGGUUGAAGUCCGCGUGUGAAGCUUUAAACACGUUCAACGAGCCAGAAUGCUCAGACGACAACGACACCCCAAAGGAUCGGUACCUGCCCCUUAAAUUUCAAGUUCAAUCGUUACAUUCAUGCCUUUUGGGGCUUGAAGUACGGAAUUAUGACCCGGAGGAGAUGGCUAGAAAGAGCGUACAAGCCAUUCGUGAGAUGAAAGGAUGGAUUAUUAACGGCAGCACAAAGUAA